AAAUGAGGCCAACUCCUCUGCUAUCAAGAUGCGGCUUGUCGCUUCUCAGGUGAAGCUCCUGCGUAUUUGCCCUGGUUAACGUUACCCUAAGGAAAUCGGCAACUUUGGUAAGAUCAUCUGCGCUUGGCGACCUGCUAGCUCGCGAACGCCGCAAUCUCGUCGAUCCAUACUGGUUGGGUGUGGGCUUUCAGGCACAUUAGAACAAUGUUGCGUGCGCUGCUUCUCGGCCCAGAUCGUGUCAUUUGCAAUGUCAGUGGCCAGCCGUUGCGUCGGGCCCGGCUGUCUUAUCGCUUUACCCCAGAUUCCACAGUCGAAGAUUCGCAAGCUUGGUAUCGAUCUGCGCGCGCGCCAACGGUCUAUCUAGAUUUUCUAGAUUGUAAGACGUACAAGCUUGACACUCACGGUCAGCGACGAAAUGCCAGCGCUUCCAAGACCACCUCCUCGUCGUCGUGUCUGAGUCUAUCUGCGACUAGGGCGAUCUUUUGCACCAACGCUUCUCGCGCACGGGCAUCCAAUGGCCUGGUGCCGAGGCAUAGUCUGAAACUCGUCUAAGUCCGUCAUCUGGUGCUGCAAGUGACUGCUAGUGCAAACCGGCGGUCAUCCAUCCUACUGAGCAUAUAUGAUCCAUUGGGCAGAGAAGCCACGGAGCCCUUCGUCAAUGUCUCGAUCUGCACGCGUUUCACAGCAUCAUGCCACGAUAUCUGGAUAACGUCUCGGUCGUUGUUUUGGGCCCGAGAGGUCAUGCUUCGUGGCUAUAACAAUAAACACAAUUUCUAAAAUGCGCGUAAAUGGUCACUUGUUAUAUAUCAUAUUCUACAUAUUGUUACCAACGGUCUUUCCCGACAAGUCAACUCCCGCAUUUCUCUUAUUGCUCUCGUCGAACUGCAUGCGUGAUCUAUUUUCCUGGACGGUUGUCCGGGGCUCUUACAUUUUGGGGAGGAGUCGCCUUCAGCCUGCACGCCGAAGAAAAAGCCGGAUAUAGAUUCAUCCACAGACAUCGGCAGAUGUUGUCGACCUCAAGGGCAGCUCGGUCAAGUCUCCCAAUAGUAUCACCGCCGUGUCAAUCAAUCGAUAGCGUUGGAGAGACCUGUGAAGAGCUUCGAAGAUUUGAACUGAAAGUUGAACAUACAGAUCCUGCACUCAGAUUACUUCCUCGCUUGGGGGGCAAAAAUGGGAGAUACAAGCUUGCAGAAGCCUGCUUCAGUCCUUUUACAUCGAGGGUUGUCAUGACAUGAACUGUGCGGAUGCGGUACAACAUUCCGCACUGUUCCUUACUCUUCAAAUCUGUGGAAGUUUUACUUGCCGGUCGCCCCCAAUGGUUUUAAUACACGCUCAUAUAUAGUGUCAGCUGAUCUCACUCCCAUGUUGGAACGUCAAUCUCUUAAGCAAGUGACGGGGGCAGGAAUGUGCUGCACGGAAAAAGGCAGGAGAGAGACGAGUGUCAGGGGCAGCUCCCAGGUAACCUCGCUCGUUAGGGAGUUGAAAAUCCAACAUGACUGGAUUCUGAGCUUGUAACUCCGC